UGGACCCUUCCUGCUUAGGACUGGCCUCGUGUCUCGACUGUGAGGCUCGGCCUCCGUUAACUCUUGUCUGAUCCUCCCCUCCCCCCCAGCUCCCGGCUUCUGUCCUUUGAUCCCUUGGCGUCCCCAACUCCCAUCCGCAUUCUUCUCGGCUGCCUCCCUUAGAUUUCCUAACUUCCUGAAUUAACCCUUUUCCCAGCUCAGUGCCCCGGCUUACACCCUGGACUGCCCCUUGUCCCCAACUCUUCCUUGUGUGCUUCUAAGUGCUCCUGGGUUUUCUGCCUCGGUAAAUUAUUGCCCGAUUUCCUCCAGGCCACCUGCUUCCUGUGUCCCUCCCUUUGUGUCCCCCCACCCCCCAUUUUUAACUCCCUGCUUAUCUUUUCUCAUGCCUCUGAUUUUCAUCUGCUCCCAGUGUUCUCCCCAGUUUUCUAGCACCCAAUUCUGGGUUUACCUCCAGCUCCCACAGAUGACCUGGAAGCUGGUGACAGGGAGUCUGUGACCCAGAGUGAGCGGGCAGGCUGGGCCCCCACCUGCCCCACGGAGGAUGCAGUUCUUCGGACGCCUUGUCAAUACCCUCAGUAGUGUCACCAACUUGUUCUCAAACCCAUUCCGGGUGAAGGAGGUGUCGGUGGCCGACUACGCCUCCAGUGAACGGGUUCGAGAGGAAGGGCAGCUGAUCCUGUUCCAGAAUGCUUCCAGUCGUACCUGGGACUGCAUCCUGAUCAACCCUAGGAACCCACAGAAUGGCUUCCGACUGUUCCAGCUGGAGUCAGAGGCGGACGCCCUGCUGAACUUCCAGCAGUAUUCCUCCCAGCUGCCGCCCUUCUACGAGAGCUCCAUGCAGGUCCUGCAUGUGGAGGUGCUACAGCACCUGUCCGACCUCAUCCGCAGCCACCCCAGCUGGACGGUGACGCACCUAGCGGUGGAGCUGGGCAUCCGGGAGUGCUUCCAUCACAGCCGCAUCAUCAGUUGCGCCAAUAGCACAGAGAAUGAGGAGGGCUGCACCCCACUACACCUGGCCUGCCGCAAGGGUGACAGUGAGAUCCUGGUGGAGUUGGUACAGUACUGCCACGCCCAGAUGGAUGUCACCGACAACAAAGGAGAGACCGCCUUCCAUUAUGCUGUACAAGGGGACAAUUCCCAGGUGCUUCAGGUGCUUCGCCUGCAUGUAUGCCUGUGCACACCAUGUUUCCAGUGUGCUGAAAUGAUCAUCAGCAUGGACAGCAACCAGAUCCACAGCAAGGAUCCUCGCUACGGAGCCAGCCCGCUCCACUGGGCCAAGAACGCCGAGAUGGCCCGAAUGCUGCUGAAGCGCGGCUGUGACGUGGACAGCAUAAGCACUGCAGGAAACACAGCCCUGCAUGUGGCGGUGAUGCGCAACCGCUUUGACUGUGUCAUGGUGCUGCUGACCUACGGGGCCAACGCAGGUGCCCGUGGAGAGCAUGGGAACACGCCACUGCACCUGGCCAUAUCGAAAGAUAACAUGGAGAUGGUCAAAGCCCUCAUUGUAUUUGGGGCAGAAGUGGACACCCCAAAUGACUUUGGGGAGACUCCUGCAUUCAUGGCCUCCAAGAUCAGCAAACUGAUUACCAGGAAGGCGCUCUUGAGUCUGCUGAGAACUGUGGGGGCCGACCACCGCUUCCCACUCAUCCAGGGGGUCCCCACGGACCAGAGCUCUGCAGCAACACCUCACCCCUUCUUCUCUCUGGACAAAACUCAGCCCCCAGAGAUCAGCUUAAACAGCCUAGAGCUUCAGGACCUCAUGCCCAUCUCCCGAGCCCGGAAGCCCGCGUUCAUCCUGAGCUCCAUGCGGGAUGAGAAGCGAACCCAUGAUCACCUGCUCUGCCUGGAUGGAGGGGGCGUGAAAGGCCUGGUCAUCAUCCAGCUCCUCAUUGCCAUCGAGAAGGCCUCAGGUGUGGCCACCAAGGACCUCUUCGACUGGGUGGCAGGAACCAGCACCGGGGGCAUCCUGGCCCUGGCCAUUCUGCACAGUAAGUCCAUGGCCUAUAUGCGUGGUGUGUACUUCCGAAUGAAGGACGAGGUGUUUCGGGGCUCACGGCCCUAUGAGUCUGGGCCCCUGGAAGAGUUCCUGAAACGGGAGUUUGGGGAACAUACCAAGAUGACAGAUGUCAAAAAACCCAAGGUGAUGCUGACGGGGACACUAUCUGACCGACAGCCAGCGGAGCUCCACCUAUUCCGGAAUUACGACGCACCAGAGGCCAUUCGGGAACCUCGCUUCAACCAAAACAUUAACCUGAAGCCACUGACUCAGCCUGCAGACCAGCUGGUAUGGCGGGCAGCCCGGAGCAGUGGGGCAGCCCCAACCUACUUCCGGCCCAACGGACGCUUCCUGGACGGUGGGCUGCUGGCCAACAACCCCACGCUAGAUGCUAUGACUGAAAUCCAUGAGUACAAUCAAGACAUGAUCCGCAAGGGCCAGGGCAACAAGGUGAAGAAGCUCUCCAUAGUUGUCUCUCUGGGGACAGGAAGGUCCCCUCAAGUGCCUGUAACCUGUGUAGAUGUCUUCCGCCCCAGCAACCCCUGGGAACUGGCCAAGACUGUUUUUGGAGCCAAGGAACUGGGCAAGAUGGUGGUGGACUGUUGUACAGAUCCAGACGGUCGGGCUGUGGACCGGGCCCGGGCCUGGUGCGAGAUGGUUGGCAUCCAGUACUUCAGGCUGAACCCCCAGCUAGGAACAGACAUCAUGUUGGAUGAGGUCAGUGAUGCGGUGCUGGUCAAUGCCCUCUGGGAGACGGAGGUCUACAUCUAUGAGCACCGGGAGGAGUUCCAGAAGCUUGUCCAGCUGUUGCUGUCGCCCUGAGCCCCCGGGCCCUGCUGGCAGGGGUGGGCCAGGUCACCCAGCACACUGAGGACCAAGCUGGGCCAGGCAGCUCCGUGUCCACCUGAGGACUGGGGCUCAGAGCGCAAACAGUUCCCCACAAGGCACCUCUCCUGACCCACCUGCACUUUGCCACUCUGAAAGCCCAGAGUCCCCUCAGCCCUCUUACCAAACUGUGAAGGACAGCUGGCUCCCUCAACUGCCCUACAUUUCAGUGAGAGCAACACUAAGGUGCCCAGUGUGCCCAGAGAGUUCUCCCAGGUUCCCUGGCCACGGCAGCCCACCCCUUCCUCCCUCUUCCUGAAGUCAGGGACUAGAGAAAUGGGGUUCCACCCCAUCAUCAGGUGAAAUCCAGGCUAUUGAAAUCCAACCCCAUUUGACUUUGCCCCUCUACACCUGCCAGCCACCCCACCCCUGCAACCACCCCACCUUAAGAGCCCUGCCAGCUCCCAAAGGUCAAUUCUGUGCACACACUCUUCUCUGGAAGGAGAGUGGGCAGGGGUUCAAGGCCACCUCAACUGUGAAAUAAACGGGUUUAGAAUCAA